UUGACUAAUUGCAGCGCUGAAUAAUACCCUGAUCGAUCAACUUGAUGGGUAAUAUAAUAGGUUCAUUUUUAUCGGGGCUGGGUAAAGUUAUCAGCGAUUUAUUUGGCUCUCCCCUUGAUUUUUUGUCUGGAAAAUCUUGCAGCUCCGUUUGUCAGACAGCAUGGGAUUUCAUCUGUUACAUAGAAAACUUUUGCGUUGCAAAUCUGAUGAAGAUGGCCAUGGUGUUGGCCCUUUGCUACAUAGUUCUCUUGUUUUUCUAUUUGUUAUACAAAGUGGGUAUCUGCAACUGUGUGUGCCGAGGCCUCUGCAGAAUGGUUUGGGCAUGUUGUUCUGCCUGCUUCACUGCCUGCCACUGCGUCUGCACUUUCUGUUGUGUCCGGCUCUUUAAGCUCAAAAGGGUGCGCCGUAGGCAUAGGAGAUGCACCGAAGACUACUUCGACUCGACCUCAACCGAAGAACAAGAAGAUAAUAUUAAUGAUGAAACUUUUUCUGGUUUCAAACAUAAACCCAUUGUGGUUGAAAGCACAAAAUCAUUAACUCAUCGGCGAAGAGAUUACAGACGAAGUCACAUAAGGAAGUCUUUGCGACCGAGGAGGAGUACUCGUCCUACUAGAGUUGGAAUAAGCAAAGAAAGGGUUAAUGAAAUGAAUAGUAGAAGCCAUAGAAAAGAUGGAAACCAUGUAAGCACACCUCAUGACAUUAGGGUUUCUAGGGCGUCUAAGUUUGUGCAGAAGGGCAGCUAUGAGGGUCAGGCAUAUCAUUGGAAACAACGGCGCCAAAGGGCAUUUUAGGUAGCAGGCUGCUGAGAGAGUUGUUUUAUCAUUUGACUUACUCCUGCAGUUCUUUGUUUUUGGAAUUUAAUGUCUCAUGAACAUAAAGUCUGUAGUCAUCUGAGUUUCAUAUGUUUUCAAGUU